AUGCAGCUUGUGCCACUGCUGGCCCUGGGUGCAUGGCUCUGGCCCACAGUGCUUGCCCUGUCUGACAAUAGCUCGACACUGUGGGGCACAUAUCGACCGCAGCUGUACUUCGGUAUGCGGCCACGAGAGCCUGAUUCUUUGCUCACGGGCCUAGCAUGGUUUUCCACAGCUGAUUUUGCAUAUGCAAAUUCGAUGCGGCAUAGCGCCUCGGACAACAAUGGUAUUGACUAUUUUAAGUGGACGUACCAUGAUGGCCGUCAUUUCGGCGAACAGGACAUUGUGGAUCGCCUACACAACUACAAGAUCACGACCAGCUUCGUCAAGUCAGGGCACCUCGAAGGGCAGCCAGGGCACUGGGCCUUGCGUGUCCAGGGCACUGUACUAGAUGAGUCGCGCCCCGCAGAGCUUACCAGCUUUUUCUAUGUGGGCAGCGAGUCGCGAUCUGAGUCGCUUGAAGUGGAUAGCGAGGGUCGCGUGGCCGGUCCACAUCUGGGCGGCUUCUCGCUGCGCACCGAAGAGCCUGCUACCAACCAGGCUGUCAAGAACGUGCCAAUCACCUCCUUUUCGGCUCGCACCAUCAAUCCGUCGCAUGUGUGGCGCGGUUCUGACCAUAUUGUGGAGGAUCUCCGCUUGAGGUUGCAGGCCUUCAUGGAAGCGAAGCAGCAACUUCCUCGCCCUGCCGAAGCAGUGCAGCUCUCGAAUCGGACUGACGCUCAUCCUACAAUGUAUGUACUACAGAAAACGUACCAAGGCAACUUUUCGUACGACGUCUUCUUUGACAGCCAUGUCUCGCCAGCGACGGACAAGCUUCAUUCGGAUACACUCACGUUGGCACUGAUGCGUCACAAAGAGGCGUACGAUGCUCGUUUUGAACAUUUAUUUGGCCUGUCAUCCUCUUUCACGCCGAAACAUGUCACAUUUGCGCGGGAACUUACUGCUCAAAUCCUUGGCAGCAUCGGCUACUACUUCGGCGAAAGCCUCGUGGACCGUCGUCCCGCUGACGAGGAGGGUUUGGUGCUGCAUGAUAUGGACAAUGCUCAGCCAUUGCCUGAAGGACCUAUGCAACUCUGGACUGCGACGCCCAGUCGCUCGUUUUUCCCGCGCGGGUUUUACUGGGACGAAGGCUUCCACUUGCUGCACAUUAGUGCCUGGGACCCUACGUUGGCCAUGUCGCUGUUUGAGUCAUGGACGCAACUUAUUGAUGACGAUGGCUGGGUCGCACGUGAGCAAAUUCUGGGUGAGGAAGCACGCAGUCGCGUACCUGGCCCCUUCCAGACACAGUACCCUCUCUACGCGAACCCACCGACGUUGAUUUUUGGCUUGCAAACGUUCUUGGAGAACAUGGAAGAGCAUCUGCAGCGGAUCCAAGAUCAAAUGGGUGGUGUGGACGUCUGGAUGACGAGCACGGAUGCGGAGAUGGAUCAGGACGAAGCCAAGGUCCUGCAAAAGCAUCUUCAGGCGCUAUACGAACCAUGGCAGCGCCACUAUGCCUGGUUCCGACGUACACAGCGAGGCCAGAUUCGUCAGUGGGAUCGUGAUGCGACAUCGCGCCAUGAAGCGUACCGCUGGCGUGGCCGCUCAGCGACGCAUGUCCUAACGAGUGGCUUGGACGAUUACCCACGCGCUUCAGUGCCCCAUGUAGGAGAGCUCCAUGUGGAUCUGCAUUCGUGGAUGGGCUCGUUUGCGCAUGCUAUGAAGCGAUGGGCUCGUUUAAUUGGAUGGGAUGACGAUGCCGAGGAGUACGACGACCAGGCCUCGAGCAUUGAGGCAAACCUGGUUGAUCUGCAUUGGAACCCCGAUGAGCACAUGUUCUGUGACUUGUCGGUAGAUGAGUCCGAUUCGUCGUACUUUGAGUGCCACGCUGGCUAUGUGAGUUUGUUCCCGAUGAUGCUACAGCUCUUGCCGCCUGAUAGCGAGCAACUCGGCAGUACACUGCGUAUGCUUCGCGACAAAAAGGCUCUGUGGUCUGACUAUGGCAUUCGCAGCCUCAGCAUGAGCCACCCACUCUAUGGCACAGACGAAGAUUACUGGCGUGGUGCGAUCUGGGUCCCUGUGAACUAUUUGAUCCUUCGAUCGCUGCACAUGUACCAACAACAGCCUGGGCCCUAUGCGGCAGAGGCAGCGACACUGUACAAAGAUCUUCGAAGCAAUAUUAUCAGCACUGUAUUGAAUGCAUAUGAGAAAACAGGGUAUACGUGGGAGCAAUACGAUGCUUCAACAGGUGAAGGCCGCCGAAAUUAUCCGUUUACUGGAUGGACAUCCCUCGUUGUCCUUAUCAUGGCGGAGAAGUUUUAG